UGGAUUCACAACCGAUGAUUUUUGUUAUUUGAUGCAGUUUUCAAGCGCAAAUUAGAUUGUGCCUGGAAAUUAUUCUGGGUAAUUACGAGGAAAUUCUUUAACGCCUUCACGUCACAAUAUGAGCAUCGAGCCGUUUAACAGGUUGGUGAAGCUUACAGCUCGAGCUUUUUAUGAUAAUGUGACAACGAAAGGAGAUAACCAGCCAAAGAUGGGUCGUGGUGAUAAUAGAGGGGUCGCUGUUGUAGUUCUUGAUGCUCUUACAAGGAGACAAUGGGUUAGGGAAGAAGAUUUAGCAAAGGAGUUGAAACUACAUUCAAAGCAACUUCGGAGGACUCUACGGCUAUUUGAGGAAGAAAAAAUAAUCACACGAGAUCAUAGGAAAGAGACGGCUAAAGGAGCAAAGAUAUAUAGUGCUGCAGUUGCAGCAACCGUUGAUGGUCAACCAGGAGGGAAAGAGGGAGAGGAGAAGGUUAAAUUACACACUCACUCUUACUGUUGUCUGGAUUAUGCACAGAUAUAUGAUGUUGUUAGGUAUAGAUUGCACCGUAUGAAGAAGAAACUAAAGGAUGAACUUGAGGACAAGAAUACUGUUCAGGAGUAUGUGUGCCCUGGCUGUGGGAAAAGAUACAAUGCUUUAGACGCAUUGCGAUUGAUUUCCUUGGAGGAUGAUUAUUUUCAUUGUGAAAGAUGUAACGGAGAAUUGGUGGCAGAGAGUGACAAGUUAGCAGCACAAGAUGUAGGAGAGGGAGAUGACAAAGCAAGACGACGGCGUCGUGAAAAAUUGAAGGAUUUGCUUCAGAAAAUGGAUGUACAACUUAAACCGUUAAUUGAACAACUCAACAGGGUAAAAGAUAUGCCUAUUCCAGAAUUUGGAACUCUCCAAGCAUGGGAAGCUCGAGCAGGUGCUGCUGGGCGUGGUUUUGGUGAUGCCAGUUCUAAUGAUCCUUCAAAAGCUCAGGGUUAUGGUGGAACACCCAUGCCAUUUCUUGGGGAGACAAAGGUUGAAGUUGCUUUUUCUGGUCUUGAUAGCAAGGAAGAUGUCAAAACCGAAAGUGCAAGCACAUCCUUGAAAGUUUUGCCACCUUGGAUGAUAAAGCAAGGAAUGAACCUGACAAAGGAACAACGUGGAGAGGUCAAGCAGGAGGAUUCAAAGACGGAUGGCAGUUCAACACAACCAGAUUUUAAAGAUGACAAAAAGUUGGCCGCAGAAAAUGAUGAUAAGAAGAAUAUACAGGACGAGUAUCUUAAAGCUUAUUAUGCUGCUCUGUAUAAGAAACAACAAGAACUAGAAGAAGUCGCUAAUAAACAAGACGAAUUGUCAGAUAUUCCUCUGGAAACUGGUCUUUCUGACUCUUCCGAACGACAAGUUGGCAUGAAAGCUAAACGUGAAGAUGAUGAUGAGGCAGAUGAUGAUAUUAAUUGGGAAGAAGAUCUCAUUGCAGUUUCAGGCAAUACAACCGAUGAUUUCAAGGUCAAUGACCUGAAUGAUGAAGCGGAAGCAUCUGGCGGCGGUGAUGAUGAUGAUGAUAUAGAUUGGGAGGAAGGCUGAGAGAAUGCAUACACAUAAAUGGUUCAAAAUACAUUGA